AAUAAUAAUAAAACCCUAAAUCCCUAAUUCGUGGAACCCUAAUACUAGUCAAAACAACGAAUCAAAUCCAAAUUUUUUUCCAAUUUUUUGUCUCCUUGUAGAGAUUUAAGACUUGUAUAUCUUCUUCUCAACUCCCUGCCAUAAUUGCUAGAGGAAGAUGCAACUCUAUUUUUUUUUUUUCUACAUAGAUAGCUGUUUAUGGCUAUAGCCAAUCUCAGUUCAAUCCAAAAACCAUUCCAAAGCCCUAAUUUUUUCAACUUCAACAUAAAUUCAGCCCCAAACCCACCUCAAAUUCCCAAAUUUUUGGAAGACUUGGUAGUUCCCAACCACCACCGUCUCUCACCACCCCCAGUCCUCAAUCUCCAUGGCCACGGAUGCCACACCCAAAUUCCAAAAUCCAGACUUCAGACCGGUCCCACAGCCACCGGAUUACCACCCAGAAUUCACCGUCUCGGCCCACGACGGCCUCCACUUCUGGCAGUUCAUGGUCGCUGGCUCAAUCGCUGGCUCGGUGGAGCACAUGGCUAUGUUCCCAGUCGACACCGUUAAGACCCACAUGCAAGCUCUGGGUUCAUGCCCGAUUAAAUCGGUCGGUGUUCGUCAAGCCUUCACCUCCAUCUUGAAGUCCGACGGCCCAAGCGCGCUCUACCGCGGCAUUGGCGCAAUGGGCCUAGGCGCCGGGCCUGCCCACGCCGUGUAUUUCUCGGUGUACGAGAUUUGCAAGAAGUUUUUCUCCGGUGGGAACCCCAACAAUUCGGCCGCCCACGCCAUCUCCGGGGUUUUCGCCACCGUCUCUAGCGACGCCGUGUUCACGCCGAUGGACAUGGUGAAGCAGAGGUUGCAAUUGGGGAACGGUACGUACAAGGGGGUUCGGGAUUGUGUGAGGAAGGUUUUGAGGGAAGAAGGGUUUCGAGCAUUCUACGCGUCGUACAGGACGACGGUGCUGAUGAAUGCGCCGUUUACCGCUGUGCAAUUCACAGCGUAUGAGGCGGCGAAGAGAGGGUUGUCGGAGGUCUCUCCGGAGAUUGCCGACGACGAGAGUUUGGUUGUUCAUGCCACUGCUGGUGCUGGUGCUGGGGCUUUGGCUGCUGUAGUAACAACACCACUCGAUGUGGUCAAAACCCAAUUGCAGUGUCAGGGAGUUUGCGGUUGUGACAGAUUUAAAAGUGGUUCAAUCAGAGACGUAAUUCAAACAAUAUUGAAAAAAGAUGGUUACAGGGGGCUAAUGAGGGGAUGGAUGCCAAGGAUGCUUUUUCAUGCACCUGCUGCGGCAAUCUGCUGGUCGACAUAUGAAGCUGCAAAAAUCUUCUUUCAAAAUGUCAAUGAUGGCAGUAAUAGUGGUACUGUAACCUGAAGAACAUUUGAAGAAAAAUGGCAUUCUGCGGUGUUGCAUUACAGAUACUUCUGUAUACUUGGACGUUUACAAGUUUCUCACACGAGUGACGAGGGAUGAAGAGAAAUUAACAAUCUUCAUUCAAGACCACAGUCUAUUUAAGCAGGCGGUUUUUGUCAGAUAAAAGGUUGAGGGCCAAAUUUAUUUGUGUUGUACACAUUUGUUUUUUAGUUUUACCCAUCUCUUCUUUUUUCCCUUCAGUGUCAGUUCUAAUAUCAUUUAUCUUUUCAGUAUUACAUUUAUUAUCCUUGAUAGUAAUUGUGGGAUUCAAUUUUUGGUCAGUUUUGUAUUUGUUAUUUGCCUGUAAUUUGGCUGGUUCUAGUUUUCUCAUUGUUGUAUCUCAAUAGAUCGUUUAGAUUGAGAUGCUUGGAUAAUCUAGUCGCUAUUUUAUCCUCUAUGUUGUGUACGAAGAUGCCUGGAACUGUCAAAUUCACUGGAAAACAUUUUAAGUUACAAUUUUACAUAUUCCAAAGACUUUUGCCACAUUGAAUGCCAAUUUCUUUUGAUUAGA